AUGACUGUACAACACAUCGUCCAAAGUAGAGGAGUCGUCUUCUCCUACCAUAAGCAAAAGACGACGGCAGGGACAGCAACAACCGAGCAACACAGACAACACAUUAAGUGUUUGAAGGAGAAAAAAGUAGAGGAGGAAGAGUGGUCGACCAUGCCAAAACAGAGUGGUUUGAAAGAGAAAAAGGAGAAAGAAAAGCGGUCGACUGCUCUUCCUUUUCUGCCUUUUUUCAUUCAAAUGGUUGAGGAGAAGGAUGAAAUGCCGUUGAGGUAUGCUUAUGAAAGGGCAUUUCAAAGAUCAGCUGGUGAUAAUUUUGUGUUUAGUUUGCCAAAAAAGUUCCCUGAUAUUACUGAUCCUUCUUCUUCUUCUGAGGCUCAAUUGUAG